UAUGACCGAAGUAAUGAAUUGCCAAGAGGAACAAUUCCUUGAAAUUGAGGCUCUUGAAUCUAUUUUUGUUGACGAAUUCGAGCUAAUUAACGAACAACCAGUGACAUAUGAGAUAAUAAUAAACGCUGAUCGUAAUGAGGAAGAAGAUAAUUACAUUGUGGUAAAGCUGAAGGUUGAGUAUCCUGAAGAUUACCCGAAUGUAAUGCCAAAAUUCCAAUUUAAAAACCUCUCUCCUGUGCAUCUGAACAUCGCUGACUUCAACAAGUGCCAUACCAUGUUUAAAGAUAUGGCCGAGGAAAUGCUUGGCGAGCAGAUGAUUUUCGAACUGAUCGAAAAUGUCAGGGAGUUCCUCAUCUCCAAAAACGAUGUGUUUGUCGAAGCCAAGCUCAAAGAGAUUGAAGAGCAGAAGAUCAAGGAGGAAAAUAUGGGCAAGAAGUUCAUCGCCGAGAAGAAGCUCGACUACGAACCCGUCAACAAGGACAGCUUCUCCAAAUGGCUGGCUACUUUCACUAAAGAGCGUGACGCCUUGAAGGCAGAGGAGAUGAAAUCCAGGUCUAAAGAGCAGUUAGAAAGAGACUCUAGGAAGUCAGGGAAGGCUUACUUCUUAGAGAAGCAGGUGAUUGCAGGCUCAGGCAUCAACUUUGAAGACGAAGAGGACAUGGACGUACAGGAGGAGAUUGAAGAGGAGAAGGAUGAAGCAGAGGAUGAGGAUAUGGAGAAGUAUUUUGAUGAUGAUGUGUUCGAUGACGAGGAUAUUGAUGAUGUUGAGUUGGAUUAGCUUGAAUUUUAAUUGGUAUGAAAUUGAACGAGCUUUGUGCAGAAAGG